AUGAGGACAUUCGGGGACAAGGGGUGCCAUGCUGGAUUCAUUAAAUUCAAUGGCGGCGCAGGGGAAGUAUGGGACGACUCUAGAACAGAUGGCGUAAACGCAGAGAUGCACUAUGGAUCUCGGCUUCGUCUCGAUACAUAUUGUCGCCAUGAACCUUUCUGGGUCGCGUUUUUGCGCUGCCCAUCGCGACUUCAGCGGUGA